UGUGUGUGUGUGUGUGUGUGUGUGUGUUUGUGCGGGUUUGCGUACAGUAGGGGAGCUCCGUUUCUCCGCACAGACGGAGAGCCCCAAGCCCACCUCGGAGCAUCAGUGAGCGGCGGACAGCGGGAUGCGGGACGGCGGUGUGUAGCGGAUCUACCAAGACCAAAUGAGUGGGACAUCUCAAUAUAUUGUUAUCGUCGGUAUUGCUGGAUUUUUAUUUUUCUUUCCCCCCACCGAGUGAGUCAGACGUCGAUCUGCAAUAAAGCGUCGAUCUAACGCGAGAGCUGCCGACUGUCUGUGCAUCCGUGAGCUAAUAUCACAGAGAAUAAGGAAAGGGAAAUAGCCAUUAGGCGCAGUGGCAUGUUUUGUGAAUUAUGUCGAUAGUUAAAGGAGUCUAUGCUAUUUAGUGCUGUAUCUAUUUUAUUCAUGAUAUGACUUGAAUUUGUCAUUAAUGAUUUUAAAAUAGAAAAAUCAAUGGUUUCACACUCCAAAGGCAGACAGCAGGCUGAUUAAAGGCACCAUUGCACCAUAGCUUGUCCUAUUUUUUGUUGUUGCAUAAAGCAAGAAACAGAAGCCAGCCAUGUCAAAAAAUAAGAGCAGCGAGUCAGUCAAGGUGGUAGUUCGAUGCCGUCCUUUGAACCGGAAGGAGGAGUCCCACGGGCCCGUGGGGGGCAUCGUGCAAAUGGACCUGCGGCUCGGACAGGUGAUCCUCAGAAACCCUCGAGCGCCAGCCAGCGAGCCUCAGAAAACAUUCACCUUCGACGCGGUCUAUGAUGCAAACUCCAAACAGGGAGACCUGUACGACGAGAGCGUGCGCCCGCUGAUAGAUUCGGUGCUCGCAGGGUUCAAUGGCACCAUAUUUGCAUACGGACAAACGGGAACUGGGAAGACGUACACCAUGCAGGGCGCGUGGAUGGACCCGGAGAAUCGGGGCGUGAUCCCCAACGCUUUCGACCACAUCUUCACGCACAUAUCCCGCUCGCAGUCCGACAAGCAGUACCUGGUGCGGGCGUCCUACCUCGAGAUCUACCUGGAGGAGGUUCUGGAUCUCCUCGAUCCCAACCACGGCACCGCUAGGGCCCUGGAGCUCCGGGAGAGCCCGGAGUCCGGGGUGUACGUGCGUGACCUCACAUCGUGCGUCUGCAAGAGCAUCAAGGAGAUCGAGGAGGUGAUGAACGUGGGCAACCAGGCAAGGGCGGUCGGGGCCACGGACAUGAACGAGCACUCGUCUCGGUCCCACGCCUUGUUCCUGAUCACAGUGGAGUGCAGCCAGCCCGGACCCGACGGGAGGAAACACAUCCGGGUCGGCCGCCUCAAUCUGGUGGAUCUGGCUGGCAGCGAGCGCCAAGCCAAGACGGGCGUCCAGGGAGAGCGGCUGAAGGAGGCCGCCAAGAUCAACCUCUCCUUGUCAGCGCUUGGGAACGUGAUCUCAGCGCUGGCAGACGGGCGCAGCGGCCACGUGCCGUACCGGGACUCUAAACUGACUCGGCUGCUGCAGGACUCUUUGGGCGGGAAUGCAAAGACCGUCAUGGUCGCCACAUUAGGCCCGGCCCCCCAGCACUACGACGAGACCCUCACCACCCUCCGCUACGCCAACCGGGCCAAGAACAUCCAGAACCAACCCAGAGUCAACGAGGACCCCAAGGACGCUCUCCUGCGCGAGUUCCAGAUGGAGAUCGCUCGCCUCAGGGCCCAGCUCCACCACAGGAAGUGGAGGAGAGAACAGAAGAAGGAGCAGGUGGACGGCGACGGCUGGGAAAGAGACGGAAAUGAAGAGUCUGAGGGGGAGGAGGAUGAGGAGGAAGGAGUGGAGAAGGAGGCGGAGGAGUAUGUGAAGAUGGAGGAGCAGCGGUUGGAGAGGGAAAAACAGGACAUCAGAGAAGAUCAAUUCAUGCUGGCCGACGAGAAGCAGAGGCUCCUGGGAGAGAAGGAGAGGAUGAUGGGAGUUCUGAGGAAGGAGCAAGAAGCCACCGAGCAAUUGACCGCCAAGUACAAGGCGAUGGAGAGCAAGCUGCUGGUUGGCGGGAAGAACAUCAUCGAUCACACCAACGAGCAGCAGAAGAUGCUGGAGGGGAAAAGGCACGAGAUUGCUGAGCAGACACGCAGCGAGAGGGAGAUACAGCAGCAGAUGUUGGUCCAGGACGAAGAGACAGUGGAGCUGAGGGAGACUUUCACUUCACUGCAACAGGAGGUGGAGGCCAAGACCAAGAAACUCAAGAAGCUGUAUGCCAAGCUCCAGUGCAUCAAAGCGGAGAUUCAGGACGUGAACGACGAGCACGUUAGGAGCCGGCAGGAGCUGGAACAAACUCAGAACGAGCUCACCAGAGAGCUCAAGUUCAAGUAUCUGAUCAUAGAAAACUUCAUCCCCCCAGAGGAGAAGAAUAAGAUCAUGAACCGACUGACCUUUGACACCGAAGAGGAUCAGUGGAAGUUUCAGCCCCUUGUUCCUGCUGAAAGUAAAUCCUUACAGAUGAAGAAAAGGCCGGCGUCUGCAGUUGGUUACAAACGACCAAUCAGCCAGUAUGCCAGGGUUGCCAUAGCGAUGGGAGCUCACUCCAGAUACAGGGCUGAGAACAUCAUGUUUCUGGAGCUCGAUAUGACUCCUCCAAACUCCGCCUCGCUGGAUCGCUCGGCAGAGUCGGAGCAGAACCAAAGUCUCUCUGUGGACAACUCGCCCACAAAGGACAGAAGCGUCUGCAAGUCUCGCUCCUGGUGCCAGACUCCAAAAUCCAUCACAUCCUCCUCUUCCAAUGUCUCCUUGGCUGCAUGUCACACUGCCACCCCUAUGACGGCGCAGUAAAGCUUCAGCAGAGAGGAUUUCCUUUUUUUUAAAAUUCUUAUUUAUUCAAUUCAUCCUUCUUUUCUUCUUCUUUCUGUUUUGGCCAGUGAUCCUUUUAAACACUUCUACAGCUGGGACACAAAUGCAAGCCUCCAACUGUGCUGAGUCCAAAGAGGUGAUAAACUAAAGUAAGAAGUGAUCUACAGGAAACUAAAUGACCUGAUGAACCUCAGAAACUCUAUAAAACACAACUUCCUGCUGCUCUACGGAUGUAAAAACGCUCCGGAACCCUUUCUUCCUUUGCAUGAGCCUCAGACUUAAGAACUGGCUGCAGUGCUGUACUGCCCAGACUGUGUGUGUGUGUGUGUCUGUGUGUGUGUGUGUACGAGGUUGUAUGAUUGCCUCUUUGUGUGUGUAAUUCUAAUCGAUGCAGAUCUAAAAGCUCACAAACUGCUUGAAUCCCCUGUAUAAUACCAGUGUACAUAUUUCAUGUAUUUGGUCUGUUUUGUGUGUAAAAAGGGGAGUCAGUUGGAGGAGAAAUGAAGGAACAUAUGAUGUGAGCUGUUGUUGGUCAGAUGGGUCGCCCUAAAACCUGAAUGAUGAUCUUUAUCACACCAGUUGUCUCUUGUUAUUCCUCAUUGUGUCCUCCACUUCUUCUGAUUGAAAAGCAAAGCCUUACAAUAAUUCCAUUAAAAUAAAAAUGUUUCAUUCAUAUCAGGUCAACGAGAAAACACAAGGCCACCUAGACACUUCAAAUAUUGUUGUGGCCAAAAAUGUCUGUCUUUUAGAUGUGUGUCCGAGCUUCAUUUAACAAUUGAAUUACCUUAGCAACGACACUAUAGUACUAAUUGAGUGGUCCUCUUUUACGGUGGAAACAGUACUUUGAUUACAUAAAAAAGUGAUCUCACGCUCUGCUUGCUUGCUUUUUCUGGAACAAGAUUAGAUCCGUUCAAUGAGGAAGACUAUACAAUGAAUGGAGUUUUUGUUGUUGUUAAAACACGUCUAAUUAUAUACCCUUGGUCACCAGUUAACGCACUAGUUAAACAAAGUUACAGAAAAAAGCAAACUAAAAUAGGAUAACGACUUAAACAAACUCAACCUCUGUCCUCAAAGUGUAAGAAAUAACUUCUUUGGCUAAACAACUGUCAAACUAAAAACACAGUUUCUCUGAAUACUAAUACUCAGAGACUUACAACCAUUUUUCUGAUAUAUGUCAAUUAUACUUGUAUGAUGAUGAAGAAGAGGAAAACCUUCAUUACCACAGCUGCAGCUUUAAGCCUUCAGGUACAUCGGGUUUUACAUAAACACCUUCUCAAAGCCUGCCUGGUCUGCGCUUCAGUCUGCAGUCGGCUGUGUGCAGUUUAGUGUCACCGGGUUCCUUACUUGCUGGAGGUCAAGCGCUGGCGACAGUAGGGGUCAGUCAGACUAAUCAUCACUGUAUUAUUGAUGCCAGAGAUCCUGUUGCUGCUGAAAACCCUGAUAGAUGUGAGGGAGCACAAAGCAUUCUCUUACCAGUGUAUAGAAAAAACAUUUGUUAGCCUGUUUUCUUUUUGAAACAUUUUUUUCUACAAAACCUGAUACAUGACGUUUCGUGAUUGUUAAUUUGCUGAAUGUCUGAUGACCCAAAUUUGAAGCCAUAUCAUCUGAUGAGGCAUCAGAAACAUCUGCUUGUGGAAAUUCACACAAGUAUAUUGAGAUGUCUGCGCUAUAGCAUUUUAGAGGUCUGUGACAUUAACUGCAACUAGCCUGUUCCAGGGCAGAAAAGGGGAUGAAUACUAACUAACAAUUAAUUGAGAAAAUAAGAAUGAAUCGGAAAAAAAGUCUCAAACAUUUACAGAUGCACAGUGAGAAUUUAAUGUGUUCAGGCAUCGGACCCAGUUUGUGUCUGAGGCUUUAUGAAAAUGUGUCUAAUGUUAAAACCUUUAAUGAAGAUUCACCACAAAUGGAAGUGAUUUCCAGUGAGUUGGUGUACAGUAUAUAUAUGGAAGAAUAUAUUGUACGUUCAGACUACAUUUCAGGGUGCUGUUCUCCAGAGAAAGCUAUUGUGAUACUAAUAUUCAAGCAAGAAAUGAAGGCAUUGUAUGCAAUGUUGAAAUUAUCUACUUGAAAUGUUUACCUGCUAUUUAUUUGUCCAGUUUGUAACACAGCACCUGCCUCCAAAUACGUAUUCUUGACAUAUUUGGGGAGACAGUGAUACAAGGAUGAACACGAUUUGCCUAAUAAUAUUAACAAAGCAAACAGUCAUUCCAGUCUGUUGUCUAAUGUUGCCUCUACAUGUGGAUCAUUUAUAAACAUCUGUUCCGGUUUGUCAGUGGAACCAUUCAUGUGCAGGGCUGUAAAAUGUUGUGUAAAUGUGUCUGUGUGAAGGCUGUGGGGGAGGAGGGAGGAUGCCAAUGGAAGA